CAUGAACUCAAAUCCAACCUGAAGAAGAAGUUCCAGUCUCUGUUUGAGGGCAUCGCUAAAGCAGGAAACCCAACCCUUCUGAAUGAGAUCUACACAGAGCUCUACAUCACAGAGGGAGGGACUGCAGAGGUCAAUCAAGAACAUGAGGUCAGACAGAUUGAAGCAGCAUCCAGGAAACCAGCCAGACCAGAAACAACCAUCAGACAAGAAGAUCUCUUCAAAGCCUCAGCUGGAGGAGAAGAACCAAUCAGAACAGUGAUGACUAAGGGAGUGGCUGGCAUUGGGAAAACAGUCUUAACACAGAAGUUCACUCUGGACUGGGCUGAAGACAAAGACCACCAGAACAUAGAGUUCACAUUUCCAUUCACCUUCAGAGAGCUGAAUGUGCUGAGAGAGAAGAAGUUCAGCUUGGUGGGACUUGUUCAUCACUUCUUCAGUGAAACCAGAGCAGCAGGAAUCUGCAGGUUUGAAGAGUUCCAGGUUGUGUUCAUCUUUGACGGUCUGGAUGAGUGUCGACUUCCUUUGGACUUCCACAACAAUGAGAUCCUGACUGAUGUCACAGAGACCUCCUCAGUGGAUGUGCUCCUCACAAACCUCAUCAGGGGGAAGCUGCUUCCCUCUGCUCGCCACUGGAUAACCACACGACCUGCAGCAGCCAAUCAGAUCCCUCCUGAGUGUGUUGGCAUGGUGACAGAGGUCAGAGGGUUCACUGACCCCCAGAAGGAGGAGUACUUCAAGAAGAGGUUCAGAGAUGAGGAGCAGGCCAGCAGCAUCAUCUCUCACAUCAAGACCUCACGAAGCCUCCACGUCAUGUGCCACAUCCCAGUCUUCUGUUGGAUCACUGCUGGAGUUCUGGAGGAGGUGUUGAAGACCAGAGAGAGAGGAGAGCUGCCCAAGACCCUGACUGAGCUCUACAUCCACUUCCUGGUGGUUCAGUCAAAAGUGAAGAAGGUCAAGUACGAUGGAGGAGCUGAGACGGAUCCACACUGGAGUCCAAAGAGCAGGAAGAUGAUCAAGUCUCUGGGAAAACUGGCCUUUGAUCAGCUGCAGAAAGGCAACCUGAUCUUCUAUGAAUCCGACCUGACAGAUUGUGGCAUCGAUAUCAGAGCAGCCUCAGUGUACUCAGGAGUGUUCACUCAGAUCUUUAGAGAGGAGAGCAGACUGUACCAGGACAAGGUGUUCUGCUUCGUCCAUCUGAGUGUUCAGGAGUUCCUGGCUGCUCUUCAUGUCCAUCUGACCUUCUUCAGCUCUGGUGUCAAUCUGCCGUCAGAAAAACAAACAACCUCCCUGUGGUCUAAAGUCUUCAGAGACAAACCUAAACCAAUGCAUCUCUACCAGAGUGCUGUGGACCAGGCCUUACAGAGUCCUAAUGGACACCUGGACUUGUUCCUUCGCUUCCUCCUGGGUCUUUCCCUGGAGACCAAUCAGACUCUACUACGAGGUCUGCUGAAACAGACAGGAAGUCGCUCACAGACCAAUAAGAGAACAGUCCAGUAUAUCAAGGAGAAGAUCAGUGAGAAUGUGUCUCCAGAGAAAAGCAUCAACUUGUUCCACUGUCUGAAUGAACUGAAUGAUGGUUCUCUAGUGGAGGAGAUCCAACAGUCCCUUAGAUCAGGACGUCUCUCCACAGAGAAACUGUCCCCUGGUCAGUGGUCAGCUCUGGUCUUCAUCUUACUGUCAUCAGAAGAAGAUCUGAAGGUGUUUGACCUGAAGAAAUACUGUGCUUCAGAGGAGGCUCUUCUGAGGCUGCUGCCAGUGGUUAAAGUCUCCAACAAAGCUCUACUUGAUGGUUGUAACCUCUCAGAGAGAAGCUGUGAAGCUCUGUCCUCAGUUCUCAGCUCACAGUCCUCUAGUCUGAGAGAUCUGGAUCUGAGUAACAACGACAUAAAUGAUGCUGGAGUGAAGCAUCUGUCUGCUGGACUAGAGAGUCCACACUGUGACCUGGAGACCCUCAGACUUAGUGUCUGUAACCUCUCAGAGAGAAGCUGUGAAGCUCUGUCCUCAGUCCUCAGCUCCCAGUCCUCUAGUCUGAGAGAACUGGAUCUGAGUAACAACAACCUGCAGGAUUCAGGAGUGAAGCUUCUGUCUGUUGGACUGAAGAGUCCACACUGUGACCUGGAGACUCUCAGGCUUUCAGGCUGUCAGAUCACAGAGGAAGGCUUUGCUUCUGUGGCCUCAGCUCUGAGCUCCAACCCCUCCCACCUGAGAGAACUGGACCUGAGUUACAACCAUCCAGGAGACUCAGGAGUGAAGCUGCUUUCUGCUGGACUAGAGGAUCCACACUGGAGACUGGAGACUCUCAGGGUGGAGCCUGAUGGAGUCCGAUGGUUGAGACCAGGUCUGAGGAAGUAUUCCUGUGAACUCACAAUCGACACAAACACAGUGAACAGAAAACUCAAACUGUCUCAGAACAACAGGAAAGUGACACAUGUGGAGGAGUAUCAGUCACAUCCUGAUCAUCCAGACAGAUUUGACUUGAGGCCUCAGCUGCUGUGUAGAACUGGUCUGACUGGUUGCUGUUACUGGGAGGUCAAGUGGAGAGGAGACGUUUAUGUAUCAGUGAGUUACAGAGGAAUCAUGAGGAAAGGAGACAGUCAUGAAUGUGUGUUUGGAUUCAAUGAUCAGUCCUGGAGUCUGAGAUGCUCUGAUAGAGGUUACUCUGUCUGUCACAAUAAGACAGAAACACACACCUCCUCCUCCUCCUCCUCCUCCUCUGGUAGAGUAGCAGUGUAUGUGGACUGUCCUACUGGCUCUCUGUCCUUCUACAGAGUCUCCUCUGACAAACUGAUCCACCUCCACACCUUCAGCACCACAUUCACUGAACCUCUUUAUCCUGGGUUCUUGCUCUGGUCCAGUUCUGGUUCCUCAGUGUCUCUGUGUCCUCUUAAGGAGGGACAGUCUCCUCCUGGUGGAGAACCUUCCUCUCUACAGGAAGGACAAUGA